UGAUUUCGUUAUGAUUUCAUUCUAGCUGGUUGAAAGCAAGAGAAACUGACAGUUCUGGGUGUGAUGGACAUGCCGUUCAUCUUGUUCUUUGGCGUAGCGAGUGAGCUUAGUCGCGAAAAAUGAAGGGAAUGACACUCUCGCUCCUCUCUGGCUUCCUUGCUGCCCUCGCUUCCCUCUGCGGGAAGUUUUCGAUGGCUGGUGGAGAAACUUCCAGUGUUUGUCAAGUUGUCUUCUCGCAUUGGGUGUCUGGCCCAUCAGCUCAUUACAUCUGCGAAAAUCUCAUCACGGUGAUACGAGUUGUAUUUUUCUUCCUAAUGAUCGCCUGCAAUGCUGUCAUGUGGACAGUAUUUACAAAGGCAUUGCGUCUUUGCACAACCACCUUGGAGGCUGCAGUGACCAACACGGCGUCUAACUUUUUCUUCACAGCUAUUUUCGGCCAGACCUUGUUUGGUGAGCAGCUCACACUUCUCUGGUGGCUGGGAACUUUUAUGAUUCUCUUUGGCCUGCUGAUGAUGCACCAAGCAAAUGUGGAGACCAAAGCUAGCCAACCAGUGCAAGGGCUUGUUCGCCAGAAGAUCAGUUGAAUGUGGGAUGUGUGGGACCACUUGUGAUGCAUGGGCAGCUGUGUCCAUAACUGACUUUGCUCUGCUUACUGUUUUGUCACCCUCAGCAUUUGUACUGUAAAGAAUAAUGAUG